AUACUGUAUGGCAACGAUCACCCGCCUCUACCCAUUUCCUUGAAAGUCGCCCAGCUGAAGCAGGAACAUUUCAGUAUCUUUACUAAUGGGUAAAUGACAACAGUGACGGUAGUAUCAGUAUGAUAUUUAAUUCAUAGCUGUACCUAUUUUAUCAGAGACAGAAAGCGGACAUAGACUAUAAUUUUAACUUCAUGGCUUCGCCGCAGUUCAGUUUUCAUGUGUAGAAUGUUUUUACAACCUCUUUCCUAAAGAGCCAAAGUCGAACGUGAACAUUCAUUUUUGCAUUUACUUUAGACCUGCGAAGGAGGUUGAGCUGAAUAACUCGGCUGAAUGCAUGCUGUUCACCGCAGCAGCUAGCUCAGCGCACUUCCUGGUUCAAGCUUAUUUUUUUGUGGUUCAAGUGUAGUUCAAAAGUAACUGAAAAUUCUGGAAUUUUGUAAUUGUUUUUCAACUGUGAAAUUGAAUUCUUUAAGCUGGACCUCAAAAUGUGAGCUUCUUGUAAUCUUGAUAUAAUACAUUUGCUUGUGUUGUGGAUUACGGAAAAUUGAAAGAGAAAAGCGAUGUCUGUGAAUGAACUCCGGGCAAAAUUUGGCGCACCACCGCCAUUGCCGGGGCCUCGAGUGAAGUCCUCCGUGGUAACAACACCUGCUCCAGGCCCAGCCUUGCCCCCUCCAAAUCCUGGCACUGGCAGCGGGAAUAGCCGACCAACCCCGCCGGAUAUUAAAAAGCUUCCACCCAAACUUGGCACCAGCAAAUUUUCAUUCGGUAACUCAAAGGGGCAGGCCGAAGAGACGGUGAAAGAAGAUCCAGCUUUAACGGAAGACUUUUACCUGCAAGCUGAUGAGGCAAGGGGGGCAACGUCUCCAAAGUCUGCAAACUUUGUCAGCCCUGCUCCCAGCCCCAGCCCCAACCCCACCCCCGGCCCCCGGCUUCCUCCUCCGCGAAAGCUCAGUGCUAAAACUAUACCGGUAGCAAGUCCUCUUCAUCGGACACCAUCUCACUCAUCGGCCGAGGCCAGGUUCAACGGCCGUGGUGGUGGGAGUGGGGAUGGAGUGUUUUCCAGGAGUCCAGCGGCAAGCAGCCCGAAAGAGUCGAGCAAUGCUAGUCUUGAAUUUCAGUACUAUGCAAGUGAAGAUGUUGUGAAUCCGCUGUUUUGGGAGGGUACACAUGAUGUUGAGGAGGUGCGGGGAGCCAGUCGCAUGGGCUUCGGCACGGACCUGCAGGACAAGACCGCCCAUGACAUCAUCCUGAAACUGAACGACCAGGAGCUGAAGCUGAUGGAGACUCUCAAGCGUGUGGUCCAACACAAGAUCAAAGCGGACAAGGAGUACGCCACCUCACUUGGACUCAUCGGCGGGCUGGCCAACCGGUUUGAAGAGGAUUCACAGAUUCAACACAAAGGCUUUGCGGUCAAGGCAUGGAGCAACAUCAUCAAGGAAACCGACUCAGUGAGUAAACUGAUCCGACAACACGCCGACGAGAUGAACACUGCGAUCGUGGACAAGCUGAGCAACAUGAUCAAGGAAAAGAUGGACCUGAAGAAGCAGUACAUGCAAGAACGGACAAAGAUCGACAUGGAUUACAUGAAAGUCAAAGGAGAAGUCAAAGACAGCUUAGCGCGGUAUCAGAAAGCAGCCAAGGAAGCGAAGGAUGCAAAGGCCAAAUACGAAGAGAGCAUCAUUAAAGCCAAGCCUAAAGACAUUGACAAAGCCAAAGAUCGCUACAAGAAGACAGUACUGAAGGUCCACAAGUGCCACAACGAGUACGUCCUAGCGCUGAAGGCAGCCACACUGCACCAGGAGCAUUACAGGACUAGUAUCCUGCCUCGACUACUGGAAUGUUUGCAGCAGUCGCAGGAGAGUCAGAUAGCUCAGGUCAAACAGACAAUGUCUGACCUUGCAAACCUGUCCAGUACCUGCACAGGAGAUUUUGUGGCCAGUCAAAACGCCGUCAUGAGGAGUAUCGCCGACCUCCGCCCAGACAGAGAGUACUCCAACUUCGUGGAGAAUCACAAAGUUGAAUCCCCAGCGCGGGAAUAUUUUGAGUUUGAUUCCAGCGUCAUGGAGGAGUUUCCUGACGGGCUGGAGGCCAAUACCAUCGUUGUAGAUAACCUCACCCUGGAGUCAGCCCAGCACACGAAAACAUCUCUGUCGGAGAGCCUCGACGAAGUUCGAGAAGUCCUCACCACCAAGAAACAGGAAUUGCAGUCCUUGGAUGAGGAGAUACGAGCCAUUCCACCAUCUCCCACAGUCGAAGAGGUUUUACUGGACUUGCUGUCCAAGCAGAAGAGGUAUCGGGACGUCUCCCGCGAGAUCCAGGACCUGAAAUGCCAGGAAGCCAAGCUGAAUGCCCAGGUCUGCAUGCUGGACCAAAAACUGCCUGCCAUGGGAGAGGAGGACAAUCUACCCCCAGGGAUCGAGCUGUCCGACACCCCUGUGGUCACUCCCAACACCAUGCCCAAGAGCAAUACAUUGAGCACGCCAGGGGAGAAGACAAAGAAGCUCGGAAGGAUUACAACCUUCUUCAAUCGUGGGGGAGACAGUGAGCAGAAAGUACCCAGCGAGAUCCCCAUUGCGGAUGAAGAAUGGUACCAUGGUGCCCUGCCCCGCCCAGAGACGGAGGAAUUACUCGUCAAUGACGGCGACUUCUUAGUGAGAGAGAAGAGUGAUGCCUCAGGCCAGUAUGUGCUGUCGGCACGGACCAACAGUCGAAUCCGCCACUUCCCCAUCAUUACAAAUGAAGAUAACAUGUACCGUCUUGAAGGCACCGCGUUCUCCACUGUUGGUCAUCUGAUCCGACACCAGCUGUCUACCGGUACGCCGGUCACUAAGAACAGUCAAGCCUGCCUGAUCCACCCGGUGGUCAAGGUCCGCGAUGAGCAUGACCUACGACACGAGGAGAUCGAACUCAAGGACAAAUUAGGAGCUGGACACUUCGGCGACGUCUUCCGCGGCAAACUCAAGAAAGACGGCACCCCCGUGGCCGUCAAGACUUGCAAAGAGACGGUGGACGCGGCCACCCGGCGCAAAUUCCUGAUGGAGGCCAACAUCCUGAAGCAAUACCACCAUGACAAUAUCGUCAAGCUGAUCGGGGUCUGCACCGAUAAACAUCCCAUCUACAUCGUCAUGGAGCUAGUGCCUGGUGGCGACCUGCUGUCGUUCCUUCGCAACGAUGCAAACGACAUCAGUACCAAACAAAUGGUCAAGAUGGCCGAAGAUACCGGAGCUGGCAUGGCGUUCCUAGAAGCCAAGAACUGUAUACACAGAGAUCUAGCUGCCAGAAACUGCCUGGUUGGUCACAAGAACAUCAUCAAGAUCAGCGACUUUGGGAUGUCUCGAGAAGACGACGUGUACACCAUCAAAGGAGGAGCAAUGAGACAGAUACCCAUCAAAUGGACCGCACCGGAAGCCAUGAACUAUGGCAAGUACACCACCAUGUCCGACGUGUGGAGUUUUGGCAUCCUACUGUAUGAGGUAUUCUCUCACGGUAGUUCACCCUACCCAGGCUUGAACAACACCGAAGCUAGAGACAAGGUGGAACAGGGUUACCGUAUGCCAGCACCCCAAGGAACACCUCAGGAGAUCUACACACUCAUGUGCCGAUGCUGGGAAUACCACGACGAGAACCGGCCCAAAUUUAAAGAGGUCCACUCUAUACUUAAAAAACUCACUCAUACCAUCAAGUAAAAAUGUAUCAUGUUUGCCGGGAAAGGGGGGGGGGUUGCUUAGUUGGGGGUGUGAGUUAAUAUUAAGAUGAUUUUGGAACAAGGCCACAGAAAAGUACAAGUUCCAUGGUGAUAAUCUGAUUUGUUGUCGUCAUCAGAAGACAUCACAAGACAGUGACAAGUCAGUCCACACUUGUCCAUUUCAACGUAAUCACAGGUCCUCACAAGCUAUCACUCACAAGUCAGAAGUCAAUCGCUGGUCAAUCCCAAGUCAGUUACAAGUCGAAUUCAAGUCAUUUGUAAUGAACUCUUAACAAAGACACUUCUUUGCCACGGACCUGUUACAUGUGACCCAACUAGUGAUAUGACUGUUGUUCGGACCAACUACAUGUAUUUGACUUGUGACUUCAUCGUGAUCCCACUUGUGAGAACAACAGGUUUAAAAAAAUCUUGGGAGAACUGGUGGAGAAUCGUACAUGUAUCUUCACAAAAUUCCAGUCGUAGGUUAUCACUUUGAGUAUGGGGAGGUCAGAUGUUGAACCUAAUUACAAUUAUGAUGAAAUUUCAGUAAAAACAUGCAUGUACAUUCUAUUUCUUUUUUAAAACAUGUUUCCAGCAGUUGUACAUAAAUGUAUGAAAUUUUAUGAAAAUGUAACAUUCUCUAUACCACGUUGGUUGGUUAUGAGCUAUAGUGUAAAAAGUAUCAUUCCUAUUUUCUUUGUCUUUCAUGAGAGAUCAUCUAGAAGCACUGAAAAUGCUUCUUUAUGCCUGAACACAAGCAAUGCCUUCCUUAAAAAAAGCUGCUUCUUUUGUACUGAUCAUGUUAGGAGAAAACAGGAAACUCGCCUUGCAU